AUGCCUUGCAACUUCAAGUUCACCAACACUCACUCUCCUACUCGCACCGCUACCUUCUCCAGCCCCCCUCGCUGGAGCGUACUCGCGGAGAAGCUCGCAAAUCUGUACAGUAUCCCCGCGUCCAGCGUGGGCGUCACGUAUCGCGACUCGGAGGGCGACGAGGUCACUCUCAACUCUGAGGAAGAGCUCGCCGAUUUCUAUCUCACUUCCCUUCCCAAAGGUCAAACCAUCCUAUUCAACGUCGUCGAACUCGGUCAGGAGCCUGCCAGCACAGAGAGCCGAGCACGCUCUGUGACGCUUGAUGAUGACGGCGUGAAAUUCAACGAGGAAGAUCUCAUGGAGAUGGACGAAGGCAUUGAGAAGCUUGACAUCGAGUCCGAGUCGAGCGAUGACGAGUCGGAGUCAGCUGCUGGCGAUGCCCCGCCGGAGGGCACCACUCGCAGUGGAAGCGCCGUCACGACGGUCGUAUAUGAGGUUAUGGCCGACGGAGCGCGCCGCAUGGCCGAGGACGACGCCGCUCCCCGUACUCGCGACACCGAUAAUGAUCCCCAGGACGUGGAGGACAUGGACGAGGCGGCGGACGCGGACGCGGCGGGUACCACGUGCACCAAUCCAUGCACCUCCUCCAUCGCAUGCGCCCCAACGAGCCAUUCCAACAACCCCCGGCGCCGCCAGCAUUCGGCAUGCCGCACGGGGGACCCGCACCCUUCUGGCGACCGCCCUUCGGUCCGGAUCAGCACGCGCCGUUCCCGCCUCACGCGCCCUUCAACGAAUUCCAUGGUCCGGGUCAUGUACUGCCUGAUAUGCCUCCUCACCAUCAUGCGCACGGAUUCCCCUUUGGUCCAGGCCCUCGUGAAGGUUUCGACACUCGAGGACGCGGUCGGGGCAUGCACGGCCGGGGCGGCGCGCAUCACCACCGCUUCCACCCGUUCUUCCGCGGAUUCGAUGGGGAUGCAACCCACGGCGGACCAACUCGCCCUGGUCCUGGUGCCCGUCACCACCAUGGUCAUCACCACCGCGGCCGUGGCGGAUUCACGCCGCCUUGCGCACGCUUCGAAAUAUCUUCGCCUCACCCCCAUCUAUCCAUGCCCCCGUUAUGCUCUUGAGCAGCUUCAGCAUCGCAGUAUCCUUGCAUUUAUGAACGAUGUCUCUUUACCAUAG